CUUCAAUUAUACGUCCAGGAAAAGCAUCCCUGGCCAACCGUUCUUUCGUCAAUCUUACAGCAAUUUCGCACGCUUUGCGCAAUUAAUACUUCCACCAUAGGCUUCAGCGCUCUGAGGCUACGAUGGCUUUUGGAGUCCUUGAAGACGCAAGAAAUGCCCAGCCCUUAGGAACAACACUUCUCGAGUCCGUAUCGUACAAUGGAAGCGAUCAAAGGGAGAAUGCUCGGAUUAUCCUCGUACCACAGCCCUCAGAUUCGCCCAAGGACCCGCUGAACAUGAGCCGCCUGCGCAAGGAGCUGCUCUUUGCAACCAUCAUCCUUGGUGCAUGCGCAACGGGAGUAAUCGGCCCUCUCCUUGUCCCUGGAUUCAGUGUCAUCGCGGGCAUCUUCCAUCUGGAAAGCUUGACCAAAGUGACCCUUCUUAACGGAUCCCUUGUCAUGGCCCUAGGGGUCAGCUCCUACCUCUGCUCCUGUCUGGCGGUAGUUUACGGCAAACGACUAAUCUACCUAAUUACUUCCAUUAUGCUUGUUGUAACUUGCUGCUGGGGUGCGGCUGCGCAAUCGUAUAGUUCUCUGCUUGCAUCCCGCAUUUUCCAAGGGCUUGGGAUGGGUGGCUUCUUUGCUCUUGCUGGAACGGCUUCUAUUAAUGACGUCUUCUUCGUUCACGAGCGAGGUCUUCGCGUUGGUCUAUGGAACUUUGCUGUUAUCGUGUCUGUCAACCUCACACCAGUGAUCAGUGGAUAUGUCAUCACCAGGCUUUCUUGGAGAUGGAGUUUCUGGCUACUUGCCAUCUUGUUCGGCGUCCUCCAGGGAGCUGUCGUCCUGCUUUUCCCCGAGACUACCUUCGACCGACACCAAGCGCACUCGUCAACAGUCGCCAUUCAUGGUGGCCAGAUCGAGGAGCUGAAGCUAGCCGACGACACAAAAGACAUAGAACCAGCCGUGGAACUCGGCGUAGACUACAAGGUCGGCUCUUCUUCCCAGCCAGCUCCUCUAUGGCGUAGGGCCCUUGGCCUUCAGAACCUCGAAAUCAAGGACCAGUCCCGAGUCCUGAAACUUUGUGUCACUCCUCUCCUCAUUCUACGUCACCCGGCCGUGAUAUGGGGUAGCGCAAUGUGGUCCGUCGUUUUCACAUGGGUCAUCAUCCAAGGAGCCGUCGCCGAUCAGAUCUUCCAAGCUCCACCUUACAACAUGUCGACGGUGGCCGUUGGUAACCUGGUCGGCAUCGCGCCAAUGAUUGGGUCCGCGCUUGGGACUUUCAUCGGUGGCUGGGCGUGCGAUGCCAUCUCCCAAGCUAUGGCGAUCCGGAAUAAGGGCGUCUUUGAGCCCGAGUUUCGGCUCGUGAUCAUGCUCCCCUUCCUCGUGGUAAUGAUAGCCGGGUCCUUUGGUCUUGGAUUGGCUAUACACAACGAACUUUCAAACAUCGUUUGUGCCGUCUUCCUAGCCCUCCUCAAUUUCGCGGUGGGAGUAGGCUGCACCGGCAUCGUGGCCUACUCAAACGAUGCUUGCCAGCACAGGGCAGGAGAGGCAUUUGGUAUUGCUAUGCUUGUGAAAAGUGCGUUUGCAUUUGGUUUGACCUUCAUGCUCAACGACUACUUAGCAACCCAUGGAGCACUGGUGUUCUUCUUCACAUGGGGAGGCCUCACCGUUGGAGUCACGGCUACAACUUUGCCGUUGUAUGUAUACGGUAAGCAGAUUCGAGCCUGGGCGGAGCGAAAGCAGAUGCUCCAUUAGACCGGGCAUAAGUUUGCACAGUCCUUGCAACUGUUCGGGGUACCUGAUAGGCUUUAAAGCUCUAAAUACAAUGUAAACUCAACGCAGUGGAAAUUAGACUACCUCUU